CUGCGCCGCCAGAGGCGCGCCCGUGGCAGAGCCCUGAGGAACAUGCCGGCGGCCGUCGCUCUUGCGCUAUGCUGCCUCGUGGCCGCAGCUGCUGCUACGCCCUACAGUAACUGCACGGACGGCGAGCCGCCUAUUCUCUCGUUGGACGUCCAGGGAUGCAAUGAGUCGCCCUGCCCAGUCGUCGCCGGCACCGAGAUCAUCGCCGACGUCCUGUUCGCAGUAGAGAAGGCCACGGAGUCGGUGUCGCCGCUGGUGGAGGCGGUGGUGUUCGGCGCCACGAUAACGUACGAAGUGCCGGAGACGGACGGCUGCAAGUCGCUGGUGCAGGCCGAGUGUCCGCUGGAGCACGGCGAGCACGUGACCUACCGCCUGCAGAUGUCGCUGCCCAAAGGAUUGCCUGGGUUGACUCUCCCCGUCCGUUUAACACUGAAAGAUGAUAAUGCAGAGCCGAUGGCAUGUUUCCAGAUUAGUGUCAAGGUUGUUACGAGCAGCGCUUAAUGGUAUGGCCGUACAGUCAACAUAACGAAGAAGAUAAGCGAUCUCAACAUUAGAAAACGUUCUGUCACAGCUUCGUUGCUGCCAGUUCUAUGACAUCGGAAGCAUGUAGAUAGUGUAUUUGUAUUAUUCAUUGUAUUUAUACCUAACUGUACUACUGAAAUAGUUUUUAACUUAAUAGUCCCACAA